GGUUGAAAACAAUAGAGAAGUUCAAAAACAAAGAGAGUAUAAAAAUCAAAAUCAAAAUCAAAAUAUAUCACAAAAUUGAAGGAAAAAAAAUCUCAUUGGGUUUCAAUUCAAUUCAAUACCAUAUACCGUAGUACAUACCAUACUCUCCUUCCCUCGAAAGCUAGCCAGCCAGCCACGCUCCAAACAACAAACAAAAUCUUCCAUUCACCGCUUCAGCGAUUCUCUCACUCUCAGAUUCUCUCUCUCUUUCUCUCUCUCUCUCUCUCUCUCAUCGCCAUUGCCAAUGCCGACACCUCAUCGACCGCCGCAACCUUCUCCAUUUCUCUAACCGCUUCCGCCGAACAUUUCUCGCCGGCGAUCAUCGCGGCGGUUCCGUAACAAUUUUUAGGGUUUUCUAUUCGUUCGGUUUAUUCGCUGUGGCAUCGCCGUAAUCAUGCCCCCGUCACGCCGACGUGGAGCAAACAAAGCUAAGGCCAAUGCGCAUUUGAAACUCGGCGAUCUCGUUCUAGCUAAGGUUAAGGGAUUCCCGGCUUGGCCUGCUAAAAUAAGCAGGCCUGAAGAUUGGGAAAAAAACCCGGAUCCGAAGAAAUUUUUUGUCGAAUUUUUCGGGACCGAAGAAAUAGCUUUUGUUGUCCCUGCGGAUAUUCAGGCAUUCACCAGUGAGGUCAAAACUAAGUUGACUGCUCGGUUGCAUGGUAAGACGAAGUGCUUUACUCAAGCUGUGAGGGAAAUCUGUGCAGCAUAUGAUGAGUUAGAGAAACAGAAAGUUGGUGGUUUGACAGAUGACACUGAUGAUGCUCAUGCCCCUUCUUUUGAUGGGGCAGUUGGUGACAUAAAGGAUGCUACUGAUGCUGUAUUAAAUGUAGAAAAAUCUAAGACUAUUAUGGAAGACGUUGGCUCAAAUUUGGAGCACUAUGAACAAAGAUGUGGAGAAAGGGAUGACCAAGAUAAUAAACCGUCUGCAUCUGGCCGUCCAACUGACAGUUCAUCUCCAGUUUUGUCACCUGUGCUGGAAAGUAAAUCUUCCAUUGGUACAGAACCAAACAAGCACACUAUCAGAUCUGGCCUUGAGGAUAAAUCAUGUCUGAAAAAGGAAGUUUCUGAUUGUAAGGAUGUAUGCAAUGUUGAUGACUUCAAGCAAGCUAAUAAUGUGCAGAGUGUUUCAACUGAUGGGAACAAGGCAAGAAAGCUUGUUACCGGCUCAAGGAGGAGAAGCGAAGCUGCAGCAGAUAAAGAAAUAAGUGGAUUUAGUAAAGCACUUUCAAAGGGUGAAAGUUCUGGAGAGACAGUGAAAGGUGGGAAAAAAGUUAAAAAUGCAUUUUUUGUCGAUUCUGCAGAUGCUUCUAAAUCAGGCCCUGGUAUUAACAAUGGAAAUAAAGAUAAGAACUUGCUGAAAGCUACAACAAGUCUUAAGGUAAAGAAUGAGUUGCAGGAGAAAUUUGUUGAUUCUAAGGAGGCUGAUAGAAAUAAUUCUUUUAAGAAAAACAAGACCCAAGUUCAAAGAAAGCGUAAUUUGGGAACGAACGAAACUUUACACGCUACCAAGAAGUUCAAGCGUAUGGAUGCCAAAGACAACGAACCUUUAAAAUCUCUCCCUGAAGAUAUGAAGAGCGCUUCACCUGGCUUUCCUGUUGUUGUUGACAAGGCAUUGGAAAAAUCAGAGUUGAAAAGGUCUUUAUCAUGUUUGAAAACAGAGAAAGGGUUGUCAUCAAGGGCUCAGACUGCUAUUGCAGAUUCCGAUAAUUCUGUUUGUGAAGUGCUGAGUGGAACAAAACAUCACAUCCAAGUACGGAGGAGACGCAGACCUGUUUUCCGUAUUGACGAUGAUGAUGACGAAUCUAAGACUCCUGUUCAUGGAGGGGAUUCUAAAAAUAUUAAAUCACCCUCUCUUGUUUCAGAGCCUGUGAAGAGCAAUGAUCCAUUGUUAGAGAAUGGUGAUGUUUCUCAGCUGACUAAGGGGAAACCUAGUGCACUUGAGGAUAGCCAUUUGAAUGCACACUUAAUUAAAUUAUGUGAUGACUCUUUGCCUACAGGGCAUCCUCAAAAAGAGAAUGCUGAUGAAAUUGUUGCUGUCAAUUCAGCUCAAAUCCCUGAGCGAUUAGAUCGAAAGCUUUUUCCUUCGAAUGUGGAAAAAUUGAGCUCCAUCUCUCCAGUAAAUUCUCCUCAGUCUCUUUCUACAACAAAGUCAAAUGCCAAGCGACAUAAAUCUUCUAAAGCUUUGCCUGAAGUUUUCAGUAAUGCUACUCUAAAGAAGGCUGAGAAUGGGUCUUCAAAGAGUUUAAUUAGCAGCAGCACUUUGAAAAGCCAAAUUAUAACUCAUAAAAAGAAGCCUGCGUCUUCUGUGGAAAGGUCUAAAACUACCCCAAAGACAUUACCACAGUCAGUUGAAGUUCAUACACCAGAAAGUUUAAAGGAACCUGAUGGUUUUCAUGUUGAUAGAAUAGAGUUGGGCACAGAAGAAAAAAGUAGCCUAUAUGUUGGUUCUGGGACUCCAGAAAAUGCCAAGACUAUGAAGCAUCUUAUUGCAGUUGCCCAGGCAAAAAGGAGACUAGUAGCUCAAUUUCAGUGUCAUCCUUUUGACCUUCAUAAUGCUCAAGUGGGAACACCUAGCCCCUCUAUAGUGCAGCCAUUUCUGUCUGUGUCUAGCAAUAAUGGCCAGGCAGAUGUGCAGGGAGUUAAUGAGCUGCCAUCAUUAGUGUCUCCAUCAACCAAUGGGUAUCACUCCAUUUCUCAAAAUCAACUUGAUGCUGAAGAAAAUGAGGAGAGAAGACUUGGUUUGGGGCAAAGCGGUGUUGUGGGUUCUCUGGGUGGGGGUACUGAGGCUGCUAUUGCGCGUGAUGCCUUUGAAGGAAUGAUUGAGACUUUGUCAAGGACCAAGGAAAGUAUUGGGCGUGCAACACGUCUUGCCAUUGAUUGUGCUAAGUAUGGUUUUGCCAAUGAGGUUGUUGAACUUCUUAUCCGAAAGCUAGAAAGUGAAACUAGUUUUCAUCGUAAAGUGGAUUUGUUCUUUCUUGUUGAUUCUAUAACCCAGUGCUCAAAUAAUCAAAAAGGCAUUGCAGGUGCUUCCUACAUUCCUGCAGUUCAAGGAGGAUUGGCACGUCUUCUUGGUGCUGCUGCUCCCCCUGGGACCAGUGCCCGUGAAAAUCGUCGCCAAUGUCUCAAGGUUUUAAGAUUGUGGCUUGAGAGGAAAAUUUUUCCUGAAUCAGUUCUUCGCCGUUAUAUGAAUGAUAUUGGAGGUUCGGGUGAUGAUAUGAUAGUUAAGCAUUCUUUCCGGCGUCCUUCUCGAGCAGAACGAUCUGUGGAUGACCCAAUUAGAGAAAUGGAGGGCAUGCUUGUUGACGAGUAUGGAAGUAAUGCUACAUUUCAGCUGGCUGGCAUUUUAUCUUCGCGCGUGUUUGAAGAUGAAGACGAUGAUUUUCCCAAUGUGUCUCCAGCGGAUCCUACUCACACUCUUGUGGAUUCAGAAACUUCCACCGUUACCCCAAGUGACAAACGCAACUGUAUUUUGGAAGAUGUUGAUGGAGAGCUAGAAAUGGAGGAUGUUUCAGGUCAUCCAAAGGAUGAAAGGCCUGUAUUGUUGAACAGUACCUUGGAAAUGGAUUUUCAACUUCAGGGCUCAGAUAGGAUCUUGGAUCCAGCAUCAAACAUUUCUGAAGAGGUACAUGUAAAUCUUGAGGGUUCUCCUCCAUUACCACUUGAUUCACCUCCUACUCCCCCACCGUUGCCUUCUUCACCACCACCACCUCCAUUAUCUCCAUCUCCUCCCCCACCUCCGCCACCCACAUUGCAACAACCCACACCUCCGCCACCCACAUUGCAACAACCCCCACCUCCGCCGCCCACAUUGCAACAACCCCCACCUCCGCCGCCCACAUUGCAACAACCCCCACCUCCUCCUUUACCACCCACUGGUCCUACACCACCAUUGAUUUCUCAACCUUCUGGAACAGCUCAGCCUUCAACUUUUACCCAGGCGUCAGUGACAUCUCAAUCAUCACACCAGUCAUCACCACUAUCAGGGUAUCAGCAGCUUCAUAACUGCAAUGGCACAGCUAAUGGCAUCCAAAUAGUUCAAAUGACUGGAAAUUCUUUUCCUGGGGGCCAAACUAUUUCAGUUCUGAAGAAUGAAAUGUUGCCACAGCCAUCUGCUUGCUUUCCUCCAAUGGCAGGUUGCAGCUCUCAAGAACCUUCUGCGUUAAACCCUACAAGGCAAUUUCAGCUGGGUAAUCCUCGCUUUGCUCCAAGACACAUGCAUCCUACCCCACCCCAAAAUCCAUCUCCUAAUCAGUAUUCAUAUCCGAAACCUUCAGUUCAGCAGCAUUUUCCACAUUCUUUCUGCCCUCCAUAUGCAUUGACAUCCGUUCCAGAUGGGCAGAGGCAAUUUGUUGCUAAUGAGCAAUGGAGGAUGUCAACAAGUGAAUUUAAAUCAAACAAUCAACAUGGUUUAUGGAGAGGGAUAAAUCCUUCAUGUCCGGGUCCACCCUUUGGGCAGGAAGAUAAUUUCCGUCCGCCACUUGAAAGACCACCAAUGAGCAGCGUAGGUUUUCAGCAUGCGAACCCCAACAAUAUACCUGUUCCUCCUCCGAAGUCAGGUAGUUUCUCCAAUUUUACACUUUAUACUUUCCUAUUUCUUAAUCAGUUAGUUCCCUUUGAAUUCCACAUGUUAAGAAACUGUAUUUAUGCAUCAAGAUCAUUUUUUCUUCAUCAGGAUAUGGUGUUCCUCAGAUGUUCCCCUGUAGACCAGACAUUCCUACUCUUAAUUGUUGGAGGCCUACCUGAUGUUGAUUGAAUAUUUUUUUCAAUUCAUCUGCAAUAUUCGUGUUGCUGUUGCUGGUGGAUCGACAGACAAGGUUACAUAGCGUGGCUCGAAGUUAAUUCACUUGUGUAGUACGUAUGACUACCUCUGAAGAAAAUUUUGAAAACUUGUGGAGGCUUUUAGCAGGACUCUGUAUAUUGUAGUUUUUCCUAACGAUGACUCCCAAGAACAUUUGCUCCCAAGUUUAGGUCCUAGUUUUGACAUUUUCAGUUUAUCCGUUUCUCACCUCUUGUAAUUAUUACAGAACAUCUAUAUAUAGAAAUCAGUUUAUACACUCA